GGCCAGAGGAAGUAGGAGAGUGUUUGUGACAGGAAACCGAUAGUGCAAUUAACCUAAAAAGGUUUCUUCCCCUGGGAGUCACCUGAAACACCAUCCCAUGACGUGUAACGAUACCUUUAAGACGCAGGGCGCUUAAGGACAGGGAGGUAAUGGUAUCCUCUUGAUUGUCCACUCCAAGCACAGGGAUCAGGGCUUUCUCUUAAAGGAGUGAGUCACUGGAACAGAAGGGGAAGCCUACCUCUUUGGUGAGCGCGGAGCUGAGCCCCUGGUGGCCUGUGGGUUGGAGGCAAGGUGCAGAGCAGAGGAGGGCGAGCUGUUUCUAAGGGUGCAUGGCAGAGCCUGGGGGACCAGGAGCAAUGAGCUACAAGCUGGACGGCACCAGCCUAUCCCAUCGGCACUGAGCAUUCCCAAACAUGGCGCCUCAACUGGAGAUGCUUGUGUCAUGUGCAGCGUGACCUGCCUCGUCUCCCUGCCCGGCAAGCUCUCCGCCCCCUGCAUCCACCAUGGUGUUUGGUGAGUUCUUCCAUCGCCCUGGACCAGACGAGGAACUUGUCAACUUGAACGUGGGGGGCUUCAAGCAGUCCGUGGACCAGAGCACCCUCCGGCGCUUCCCACACACCAGACUCGGGAAGCUGCUCACCUGCCACUCGGAAGAGGCCAUCCUGGAGCUGUGCGAUGACUACAGCGUGGCCGACAAAGAGUACUACUUCGACCGGAACCCCUCCUUGUUCCAGUAUGUGCUGAAUUUCUACUACACGGGGAAGCUGCACGUCAUGGAGGAGCUUUGCGUGUUCUCCUUCUGCCAGGAGAUCGAGUACUGGGGCAUCAACGAGCUCUUCAUCGACUCCUGCUGCAGCAAUCGUUAUCAGGAGCGCAAGGAGGAGACCCACGAGAAGGACUGGGACCAGAAGAGCAAUGACGUGAGCACCGACUCGUCCUUCGAAGAGUCGUCUCUGUUCGAGAAGGAGCUGGAGAAGUUUGACAAGCUGCGACUGGGCCAGCUCCGGAAGAAGAUCUGGAUCCGCAUGGAAAACCCAGCCUCCUGCCUGUCCGCCAAGCUAAUCGCCAUCUCUUCCCUGAGCGUGGUGCUGGCCUCCAUCGUCGCCAUGUGUAUCCACAGCAUGUCCGAGUUCCAGAACGAGGACGGGGAGGUGGACGACCCGGUGCUGGAAGGGGUGGAGAUCGCCUGCAUCGCUUGGUUCACCAGCGAGCUCGCCAUCCGGCUCAUGGCUGCUCCCUGUCAGAAGAAAUUCUGGAAACACCCUCUGAACAUUAUCGAUUUCGUGUCCAUCAUUCCCUUCUAUGCCACAUUGGCCGUAGACACCAAGGAGGAAGAGAGCGAGGACAUCGAGAACAUGGGCAAGGUGGUCCAGAUCCUCAGGCUGAUGAGGAUUUUCCGAAUCCUCAAACUUGCCCGGCACUCCGUAGGCCUUCGGUCUCUGGGUGCCACGCUGAGGCACAGCUAUCACGAGGUUGGGCUGCUGCUGCUCUUCCUCUCCGUGGGCAUCUCCAUCUUCUCUGUGCUCAUCUACUCGGUGGAGAAAGACGACGACACGUCCAGCCUCAGCAGCAUCCCCAUCUGCUGGUGGUGGGCCACCAUCAGCAUGACGACUGUGGGCUACGGAGACACCCACCCGGUCACCGUGCUCGGGAAGCUGAUCGCCAGCACCUGCAUCAUCUGCGGCAUCUUGGUGGUGGCCCUGCCCAUCACCAUCAUCUUCAACAAGUUCUCCAAGUACUACCAGAAGCAAAAGGACAUUGACGUGGACCCGUGCAGCGAGGACCCGCAGGAGAAGGGGCGUGAGCUCCCUUACUUUAACAUCAGGGACAUCUAUGCCCAGCGGAUGCAUGCCUUCAUCAGCAGUCUCUCUCCUGUGGGAAUUGUGGUGGCGGAUCCUGACUCCACAGAUGCCUCAAGCAUUGAAGAUGAGGAGGAUGUGUAUAACAUGGCGUCCUUGGAGAACUGCACAGCCAAAUGAGCAGGGGCGUCUGUGCCUGGCUCUGGUGUCCCUUCGUGACGAUAGGUUAACACAGCUUUAUCAACCUCAGUGGGUUCGUUAAAAUCAUUUACUUCUCAGGGCGUACCUUUCAGCCAUAAGUUGGACCUUCAUUGCUCCGAAGUGAUAGAAUCGUCUUUAUUUUUCUCGGUGAAGUGAAUUAAAUGCCUUGUUCUGAAAUUUAUUUUUACAAGAGGGAGAUGUGAUAUGCUUUUGGAAAAAAAAAAAAAGAUAAGUGGGAUUGGGUGGGAUUUGUUGCUACGGCUUAUGUAUCAUGCUGUGUUUGUCAUUUACUCACAUUGAGCUAUCAAUUACUGACAAGUAGAAUCCAAGGCCCAGCUAACUGAAGGCAACAUGCAUGUAAGAUCCACAACAUGAGACAGUGCAUGUAAAUCCAUGUUCACAUUCUAGACAUGGACAUUAGGAGCCUAAUAAACUGCCUAAUUCAGUACGGA